CCGCACAUGGCGACGAGGAUGGGAUUGGGAGAGAACUCGCAGAUGGCGAUGAGAAGAGACACGCUGGAGCUAGAAUUGGUUAGGAAUUGCCCUUGGCGCGACAAUCAACGCCAAGUGAAAAGUUUUGAGGAGUUGGAAGCGCUUAUCGCUUACCAUCAGGCGGGCGGAACGGGUGAGAGAUUUGUGAGCGGACACCUUUCGCUAAAGGGGGACGAGGGAGUCUCCGAAGAGGGAGCCCCGAGGGAGAGAGAAGUGUAUUUACUCCUGUUUAGACCCUUUGAUACUGUGUCCCUUGUCGGACCCAGCCCGGCGGACGAGGCGGACCCAACUUCCACCCGGGUGUGUGCCCUAUGUUUGAGAUAUGCUCGGGAGGAUAAAGAGCCGGAGCCGAUCGCCUGGUUCCCUCCCUUCAUGGCGGCUAGAUUAAGGGGACGCGAGCUUCCAUCUGAGCUCCACGAAACCCUGGAAGCGGAGGAACGAGCUGCAGAUGAGAGAAUGGCCUUAUGGUACGACAAGGGAGGAGAGGAUAGUGUAACCUUUCAUACUAUAAUGAAUUUAAUGCACCAAAAUCUAAGUUUAAAAGCCCAGCUGCAGAUGGCUGUUCGGACGGUCAAAGAAGCGACUGAGAAAAAGGAGCCUAAAAUGUCGGUCCAAGAUGGCGCCGAACAAGAGGGAGACCGCGUGGAAGAACUGGAAGAGAAGGGAGGAGCUUCGGAAGAACCUGCGAGAGUCCGGUCAGCGACUCCGCCCAUCGACACAGCGUCGUUGUCGGCAACCCCGCCUAGUGACGCAGCAGCGUCCUAA